AUGACCGAAAGACCGACAGAAUUCCGUUCGGAGGAAUCAACUGAGGCAGAAGAUAGCAAUCACUCGAAGCAUAAUGGUACAAUUUCAACCUGGUGGUUCGUGGGUCUCACCGCCAUUGUGAUGGGCAUGUACCUGCUCGUCUACUGGAACUGGAAGGCAUUGCCAACGGCGCUGCGCCAAAUGGAUGAGUCCAGAAACGAGGAUCGCUUCGUGGCAGAGCUGGCAAAGCAGCAUUUGUUCGAAAUGAGCAAUGUAGGUCCGCGAGUUGCCGGCAGCUAUGCUAACGAAGUAAUCACCGUCGGUUUUUUGCAUCGUGUAAUCAAAGAAAUCGCGGCAAGUGCUAACAUCGCACACCACGUUGAGGUGGAGAUCCAGCAAGCGUACGGAAGCAUGUUUCUGGAUUACGAAAAGUACCCUCAAACGAGCGUGUACCAAGGAAUUCAGAAUGUGAUCGCGCGUAUCGUACCAGCACGGGAUGUGGAACCGAAGAACUUCCUCAUGCUUAGCUCACACUUUGACAGCGUCCCCCAAAGUCCCGGAGCAGGUGACGAUGGAACGAUGAGCGUGAUUAUGCUGGAGGUACUGCGAAAGCUUUCGCAGCAUCCUCGUCCGUUCGCCCACGGGAUUGUGUUUGUUUUUAAUGGAUGCGAGGAGAAUACACUGCAAGGAUCUCAUGCGUUCGUGACCCAUCACCGGUGGUUCCAAAAGGUACGCACGUUCAUCAACAUGGAUGUCGCCGCGAAUGGAGGCCGUGAUAUCAUGUUCCAGGCGGGCCCGAAGUAUUCGUUUCUGAUGGAAUAUUAUCGUGAUUUUGUGCCGCAUCCCUACUGCACGGCCAUGGCGGAAGAACUCUUCCAGGCAGACCUAGUUCCCUCGGAAACGGAUUACUACGUGUACUCGAAGUUUGGGCAGAAACCUGGGAUGGAUUUUGCGCACAGCACCUGGGGCUAUUUGUAUCACACGAUGUAUGACGCCUACGAUACGAUACCGAACGCAACGCUCCAGCACACUGGCGACAACGUACUAGCUCUCACUAGAGCGUUGGCAGACGCCGAGGAACUUCACGACAUUGCUGAGCACGAAGGCAGCAAGGCGGUGUUUUUCGACUUUCUCAACUGGUUCCUGGUGUACUAUCCGUUGUGGGCUUCGAUCCUACUUAACGUUGGCCUGUCGGUGAUCGCGUUGAUCGCGAUCGGUUUGUCUCUUUGGCAGGUGCUCAGUAGCACGCACGGAACGAUCCGACAGCUGUCAGUGGAGGGUCUGAUCAAUAUGGGCGUAAUCUUCCUAUCAAUUCUCGUAGGAGCAGGACUAUCUCUUUUACUAGCGGUAAUUCUCAACGCUGUAGGCUCGUCCAUGAGCUGGUUCACACAGACGUGGUUAAUAUUUGGGCUCUACGUUUGUCCGUUUUUAAUCGCGAUGUGUACCGGUCCAGUCUUGUAUGUUCACUUUGUUCGAAAAGAUGAUCUUCCGUUGCAGACACGCGUUCAACUGCUGCUCCACGCUACCUGCAUGCUGUACGUGCUUAUUGUUAUCGUCCUUACCGGGUUGAGCAUUCGAUCAGGCUACCUGUUUACGAUGGCUGUUCUGUUCUACACUGUAACGACGUUGGUGAACGUACUGAUUAGACAUGCACCAUUCUACUGGAUUGUCGUACAUUUGAUCGGACAAAUCAUACCGAUCGCGUACUUCAUUUCGAUUUCGCUCACCGCCUUCGCCACCUUCAUACCGAUGCAAGGACGAGGCAAUGCUGGCGCAAAUCCUGAGCUGCUGAUAGCGCUUUUUGGAGUGCUGAUCGGACUGCUGGGGGUGGGUUUUCUCACGCCGCUGGUAGUGCUGGCUCGUAAAGCACAGCUGUUCAUUGCGCUGAUUGUCGUUUUUUUCGUGAUCUCGAUCAUCGUCAUGGUAACGCCAGCAGGGUUUCCCUUCCGAGCGCACACUACACCACAGCGUUACUAUGUUUAUCACACGGGUCGAGAAUUUUAUCAUUUAAACGGCACCAUUAGACGAACCGAGUUCGGGUACUACAUUCAUCCCCAGGAUCAGUAUACACCGGAUCUUAUCAAGGAUGAGGUCCCUGAAAUGGCACGAGCCGUACAGUUGCGUGAUGAGUGCGAACGUGAGCUGUACUGUGGCAUUCCGUUCUAUCAGAACUCACACCACGGUCAACGGGAGCGUUCGUGGUUGGUGCCUGCCUUAGAUCCCAAAGUCCCAGAGCAAAUACGUCUCGAUCACAUCGGUGUUCAGGAAAAUCGUUCUUCCAACACGACCACGUUUAGCUUUUUGGUGAAAGGAACAGAUCACAUGAGCUUUUACGUGUCACCGGUGCAGGGCGUGAAGCUGAUCGCUUGGAGCUUUAGCAACGAAAUUCCCAAAAGUGGCCUUCCGUGGAAUGGGCAGGAUGUGCACUACAUCAACUACGUGCACGGCAUCGACGAUCGGCCGUAUGAGUUCAACCUGACGGUGCAGGGAUCGUCCACCAAACCAUCGGAAGUGGGUUCGAGCUUUUACCUGAAUGUGGUGGCUCAGUACAUGCACCAUGAGCAGUAUCGUACCAGCGAGUUCCAAACGUUCAUCAGUCACUUUCCUGAUUACGCACAUGUCGUUGCGUAUCCGACGUAUCUCGUCAGUAAAAUAUUUUAA